GGUUAGGUAUAACAACGCGCAACAUGUAGAAAUCACAUCGUGCACAGCUUAUGCAAAACAUGAGUGAAACAGAAUUGCGAGUAGAAUUGAGAGAAGCCGCUUUGACGAAGCGAAAAGAGAAUCGCGAGUUAACAUGGAACAAGAAUCGCAAAAAUUUAGGAGAGUAUCCUCGAGACGAACUGUUUUCCGUUGAGUAUAUUAACGAAAAAGUAAAGCUUCUAAAAAAACAACGAUUAUCUCUGGAGGAUUACAGAUAUUUGCCCAAUGCUCUUAUUCAGUCUGAGGAAAAUAUAAAUGCCUUUCUAAAAGUAGAUCAGAGUUUAUCAAGUUUAAUAAGUCAUCUUUCGGGUAACGAUCCAACUCUUCAAUUGUAUGCAGCCAAUUGCUGCUGUAAUAUUUCUCUUGGAAACACAAAAGCUUGCACAGCUCUGGGAAAAGCCGUUAGUUCGUAUCUGGUUGCCGAGUUGGAAACUCUUAACUAUGCAUUGUUGGAUGUUUGCAUUUGGACAAUUGGUAAUUUAAUAGCAGGAAGCAAGAAGGCCUUUGAUAUUCUACAUUCACAGUAUUGUUUGAAAUACUUGAUAUUAUUGUUGCACAAAUCUGACCGCUCUAUUCUUUCUUCUGUAAUAUACGCACUUUUACACUACGUACAUGUGGGAUUUUAUGAGAUACCAGAAAAUCAAUUGUCAGAGCUUGUACAAGUUCUCAUAAAGCCAAAUUUUUUAUAUGAGAGUCCAAAUUCGAUUUGGUUGUUAGCUUUACUAUCUUCUUCAGCAAUAUGCACUACAAAUUUUUAUUCCAUUCUGCCUCAAGUUGUUGAUUAUCUUCAUUCAACAUUUUCAUCCAACAAUGGAACAGCUCAUUGCAGUGAGGUUACAGCAUCCAUACGUAUAUUAGCUAACACACUGCAUAAUUCUUGCGAAGAAGAUAAAGUUGAUAUUCUUCUAAAGAAUCCAAAAUAUUCACAGGAAGAUCUAUGUCUUUUAUUGAAUAAAUUGUUAUGUCAUCAAUAUAUACACGUCAGAAAGGAAACUCUCUGGUUAAUAGGAAAUUUGUAUAAUCACAGAUCGUCCGGUAUUAAUGCGAAUGUGAGAAAUCUUAUAGAGUUUUUGCCAAGAAUUAAUCAGGCUGUUCUCUCAAUUAAACAUUAUGCAUAAACACAAACGGAUGUUGACAAAA